CGCACCCGUCGCUCGGCACUCAAUACUCAGGCUUUAAAAGUAAGCCCCACGGACUAUAGAGUGUACCCAAACAGCUGAAAGCUUCACCAUGACUGAUGCCGAGGAUACAGAAUUUUCAAACGAUUCUUACACAUUUUUUGGUCCUGUGGGAAUGGCUUUCUCAGACGACAAUGUUCUAGAUGAAACGAAAGAAGUUAAAAUUGUUUUGAGUAUUAUUCUGGGCAUAUGUAUGGUUCUCAGUAUUGUUGGUAAUGUUUGUACUUGUGCGGUCAUAAUUCGAGAUAGAUCUAUGAGAACGCCGACGAACUGCUACCUCUUUAACUUGGCUGUGACCGAUCUUCUUAUGUGUUUCUUUGUGCCAAUCGAGAUAUACAUAAUUUGGAUCCCAGAUUACUACCCGCUCGGAGAGGAAGGUUGUCGGAUACACUUCAUAAUGUGGGACAGCCUGAGCAACUGCAGCGUGCUGACCAUCUCAGCGCUGACCGUGGAGAGAUACCUGGUCGUCUCCAAGCCGUUCCUCCGCCAGAAACUCGCCUUGAAAUCGCGUGUUUACAAAAUUGUGGCAAUCAUAUGGGUCAUCUCCUUUGCAUUCUGCAUCCCUGAUAUAUUUUUCAUAGACCUCUCCGAACGAAAGAAGUCUAUAUUUUGUUACAUAAAUAUCCCGAGUCCGAUAAGGAUUUUGUUUAUGAUAGAAUUAGUGGUGUUCUUCUUAAUGCCUUUGACUUUGAUUUUAAUGUUAUAUCUGUAUAUGGCUAUCAAAUUAAAGUCUACCAACCUGAGGAGAAGUCCUUUCGACGGAAACCAAAACCGACACAAGGCAGUCAAAAUGUUAGCGGCGGUGGCGGCAUCAUUCUUCUUCUGCUGGUUCCCGUACUGCAUUCUACGGAUCAUGUUCAGCCAUCCCGGAUUCAAGUACGAAGACUCUUACAGUGUGUGGCGGAUUUUAAACUUCCUGUGUUACAAUGGAUACGUGUCGACUGCCAUAAAUCCCAUCUUAUACAGCCUUAUGUCGCGGAAAUUUCGACAAGCUUUCAAAGACUUCUUCAAAGGCAGACGUUUACGGUAUGGUACGAAGAUAACUAAUACACCAGGGCGACCCAAUUCUGCAAUCAAAUAAAUACAAUGUACACAAACCUUGAAACAACGUGCAUAUCUCCACGGAGAUUGCAGCAGCUUAAUUUUUGUUGUAAAAUGAAAUCGGAUAAAC